AUGUCUGCCUUGGAUGUCGACUACCUUACUAAAGAUGAGCUAACAUUUGAACUUAAAAGCAGAGGUGUGGAAAUAAAAGAUGACAGUACAGUUGAUGAGUUCCGGAAAGCACUCAGAUUAAAUAAAUCAAUUUACAAUCAGAGUUCAGCAUUGGGAUUUCUUGUGGAUUUGGACUUACAGUUAGAAUUAUCAACGUGUGAGGAUAAAUUAAAUUCAGUUUUGUCUGCUGUCCAUUCAUCAGCGUCAUGCAAGCGUAAGUGUUUGUCGAGGUUACAUCAUGUAGCUUGGCGUUUGGAUAAAUUGUUGACAUUUUCCCCGGAAUUGUAUACUAGGAAGUUGGAGUUGGUAAUGAAGACUCAGAAUGCACUGCAAACUAUUUCAUGCAAUUCUGCAUCAGAUAGGACAUCUAGCACUGCUCAGAUUUCUGAUACUGCACUGGUAAGAGAUAGUUCUAGUAGGGGUAGCUCGCAAGUUUUUAAAUGGAAAAUAUCUUUUAAUGGUAAAACACCGCUGCAUGACUUUCUUUUUACUUUGGAAGAUUAUUAG